AACAUCUUGUAACACAUAUGAGAGUACAUACAGGCAAUAAACCAUAUCAAUGUUCUGAAUGUCUGAAAUGUUAUACUGAAAAAGGUAAUCUUGUGACACAUAUGAGAGUACAUACAGGAGAUAAACCAUAUCAUUGUUCAGAGUGUCUGAAAUGUUUUACCGAAAAAGGUAGUCUUGUGACACACAUGAGAGUACAUACAGGACAUAAACCAUAUCGAUGUUUGAAAUGUCAGAAAUGUUUUACUCAAAAAGGUAGUCUUGCGACACAUGUAAGAGUUCAUACAGGAGAUAAACCAUAUCAAUGUUCAGAGUGUCUGAAAUGUUUUGCUGAAAAAGGUAAUCUUGUGACACAUAUGAGAGUACAUACAGGAGAUAAACCAUAUCAGUGUUCAGAAUGUCUGAAAUGUUUUACUGGUAAAGGUAAUCUUGUGACACAUAUGAGAGUACAUACAGGAGAUAAACCAUAUCAAUGUUUGGAGUGUUUGAAAUGUUUUAGUGUAAAAAACCAACUUGUGACACAUAUGAGAGUACAUACAGGAGAUAAACCAUAUCAGUGUUCAGAGUGUCUGAAAUGUUUUACUGGUAAAGGUAAUCUUGUGACACAUAUGAGAGUACAUAGAGGAGAUAAACGAUAUCAAUGUUCAGAGUGUUUGAAAUAUUUCAGUAAAAAAAGCAAUCUUGUGACACAUAUGAGAGUACAUACAGGAGAUAAACCAUAUCAGUGUUUAGAGUGUCAGAAAUGUUUUACUCAAAAAGGUAGUCUUGUGACACAUAUGAAAGUACAUACAGGAGAUAAACCAUAUCAAUGUUCAGAGUGUCUGAAAUGUUUUACUGAAAAAGGUAAUCUUGUGACACAUAUGAGAGUACAUAGAGGAGAUAAACCAUAUCAAUGUUUGGAGUGUCAGAAAUGUUUUACUCAAAAAGGUAGUCUUGUGACACAUAUGAGAAUACAUACAGGAGAUAAACCAUAUCAAUGUUCAGAGUGUCUGAAAUGUUUUAGUGUAAAAAAACUUCUUGUGACACAUAUAAGAGUACAUAGAGGAGAUAAACCAUAUCAGUGUUUGGAGUGUCUGAAAUAUUUCAAUCACAAAAGCAAUCUUUUGACACAUAUGAGAGUACAUACAGGAGAUAAACCUUAUCAAUGUUCAGAGUGUCUGAAAUGUUUUAGUGUUAAAAAACUUCUCGUGACUCAUAUGAGAGUACAUACAGGAGAUAAACCAUAUCAGUGUUUGGAGUGUCUGAAAUAUUUCAAUCACAAAAGCAAUCUUUUGACACAUAUGAGAGUACAUACAGGAGAUAAACCAUAUCAGUGUUCAGAGUGUCUGAAAUGUUUUAGUGUAAAAAGCAAUCUUGUGAGACAUGCACGAGUACAUUCAGGAGAUAAAACAUGUUAGUUUUCAAUGUUUCAGGAAUAUUUUAGUUAUAAACUCAUGAGAAUAUAUAUAAGGGAUAUACCAUAAUAGUGCUGAGAUUGAAAUAUGUUAAUGAAAUGUCAGUCAUAUAAAGUUCUUUGAGGAGAUAAGUUGUAUUAAUGUUCAGAACUGCCCAUCUUAUUGUUGGGUGAUUUUAACCCUUUCAGGGUCCGUCCCGUAGAUCUACAGCUUCAUGUUGAGUGUCCAAACCAUAGAUCUACGCCAAAAUUCUAGCGCCGUCAAAUUUAGCGUGAAAGCGCUCAUAGGCCUACAUGUGAGAGAACGGGUCUG